AUGGAGUACACGAGCCCACGAGGAGCGCCCCGCUGCGCUGGAGUACCGAAUACUUUUGAACGCGCGACACGAUGCACGUCUACACGCUCAAAGCUGACCAUCGCGUCCAACCCCUCCCUUCUCGCGGCGCUCACCUCAUCCCCUGAAACCUGCCAGCACAUCCCGCCCCCCAUCUCCAAUCUCCCGGGUGGUUUGUGGUUUUGGAUGAUGAGGAUGGAUGAAACUGCAGAUGAACGUGCAGUCUUGUUCCAGGUUCUCCAUGGUGAGCGCAUCGAUGCAUCAUCCACCGCCGGAAUCCCAUGGCUGGAUAUGAGACUGUCUCCCAGCAUCCCACCCAAGCGCUGA